AUGGCGGGCCUGUGGCGGGAGCUCCUGCGCACCGCCCGGCGCUACCCUUGGCCCACUAACGUGCUGCUCUACGCCGCACUCUUCUCAGCCGGCGACGCGCUGCAGCAGCGGCUGCGGGGCGGCCCUGCCGACUGGCGGCAGACGCGGCACGUGGCCACCGUGGCCGUGGCCUUCCACGCGAACUUCAACUACGUGUGGCUGCGCCUGCUGGAGAGCGCGCUGCCGGGGCGCGCGUCGCGCGCCGUCCUGGCCAAGGUGCUGUGCGACCAGGCGUUCGGCGGGCCGGUGUACGUCUCUGCCUUCUACUUCGGUAUGAGUAUUCUCCAGGAAAAGGAUGACAUAUUUUUGGACCUGAGACAGAAAUUCUGGAAUACAUAUAAGAGUGGUCUGAUGUACUGGCCUUUUGUACAGCUGACCAACUUCAGCCUCGUUCCUGUUCACUGGAGAACAGCUUACACUGGGCUCUGUGGUUUUCUGUGGGCCACUUUCCUCUGCUUUUCACAACAGGGUGGUGAUGGUACCUUGAAGUCAGCUUUUACUUUCCUUUGUGUAAAGGGAACAAAUGAAGUUGAAAGACCCCCCAGAGAAAUGACAAGUCAAGAACUCCCUGAAAUUGACUAA